GUGCUUUGAUUCUUGUUCAGCCAAUGGGAGGCCAGAAAGUUAUUACCGUGUCAGUGGGUGUGAUCCCGCAGAAGGAAGCGUUACAGAACAAUAUAUCAAGGUUUUAAGACGAUGGCAGACAAGACUGUGGAUUGUGGACCGUGGACAGGAUGUGCGGUUAUGUUUCUGCAGUCGCUCUGUCCUGGUGUGAACCUGCUCUCUCUCUACAAAGACCGCGAACAGGGAAAGUUCAUCGUUUUCAAAGUCAUCAAGCUGACGCUUACAGAUUCUGCUGGAGGUCUGGGUGGUUAUGAGAUACUCAAGGUCCAUGACGCCGAUCCCUUUCUGGGGGUGGAGGUGAAGUUUGAGGAUGUGGCAGCAUGUCAGCAGUUCCUUGAGAGCUACAGCUCUGGAGCGGUGCGUCAGUCCCUCUCACAACACGCCUGCCGGCUGCUCGCACUCCCACAAGAGUUCACAGUGGAAACUCAGCUCAAAGCCAGCGCUCACAUCCUGGAUCUCUAUCUGGACAAGUUGGAGCUUUGUCUGCAGCACAUCCACCUGUCACAGCCGGAGCGCCUGCGCGAUGAGGAGAUUGAUCAUCUGGAGCAGCAGCUGCAGACACAGGCCCUCCGCCCAGCCCCACAGUCGACCCCUGUCACACAGGAAGAGUCUCCGGUCCCCAGCAACUGCUUCAAAUUUCAAAAUAAAGUCUUUGAGGACCGAAUGCUGACGGCGACCGAUGUCCAGAGCUUUUCUAACGGAGUGGGCCGUCAGUGGAAGCAUGUAGGGAGGGCCUUGGGGAAGAGCUGCCGGGCUCUGAAGGGUCCGGCCAUAGACAACUUGGCCUACGAGUAUGAGAGAGAAGGCCUGUAUGAGCAAGCCUAUCAGCUGCUCAGCCGCUUCAUCCAGGCGGAGGGCAGAGCGGCCAAGCUGAGCCGGCUGGUCAAAGCACUGGAGGACUGCAAACUCACCGGCCUGGCUGAAAACAUUCUGGACGGACAGCCACGAGAGUAACUCGGUGUGCUUUGGUUUCGUGUGUACGCAUCGUGAAAACUGAGGAGCAGUUGACUCUGUCCUGCCUGCUUUUACAGUAUGUUUAAUGAUUGACUUUCUGUCAUUCAAAACCGUGUGUGUGUGUGUGUGUGUGUGUGUGUGUGUGUGUGUGUGUGUGUGUGUGUGUGUGUGUGUGUGUGUGUGUGUGUGUGUGUGUGUGUGUGUGUGUGUGUGUGUGUGUGUGUGUGUGUGUGUGUGUGUGUGUGUGUGUGUGUUUCAGACAGGUCGUGUGAGCACAUGCUAAGAAUUGAUUCAUAUCUUGAUUUGCUUUUCAAUUUUUAGUUUUAUUGUUUUCAUUUAGAGGAAAUCAUCUGUCAUCACUGUUUAAAAGAUAUACUGUCUUGAGUUUAAUGCACUAUUUGAACCUCUUUGGUUUGUGCUUUAUAUGUCAAUUUACAGAUGAAGCCUUCCACAACUGAAGGUUAUUGAUUUUUUUUUUUUACAAAAUGGAUGCAUACAGAUUAAAUGGUUGU